AUGGCAACCGAACUCCCCACCACAAACGGCCACGGCGCCCAGGAUGGCGAGAACAACUUCGCGGUCAAGGCAGGACUUGCCCGCAUGCUGAAGGGUGGCGUCAUCAUGGACGUUGUCAACGCCGAGCAGGCACGCAUAGCAGAGGAGGCUGGUGCCUCGGCCGUCAUGGCUCUUGAGCGUGUUCCCGCCGAUAUUAGAGCUCAGGGCGGCGUUGCACGGAUGAGCGACCCCCAGAUGAUCAGGGAGAUUAUGGACACGGUCACCAUUCCUGUCAUGGCCAAGGCGAGAAUCGGUCACUUUGUCGAGUGCCAGAUCCUCGAAGCCCUCGGCGUAGACUACAUCGACGAGUCCGAAGUGCUCACCCCGGCCGACGCCGUGCACCACGUCAGCAAGCACGACUUCAAGAUCCCGUUUGUGUGCGGGUGCCGCGGGCUCGGCGAGGCGCUGCGCCGCAUCGCAGAAGGCGCAGCCAUGAUCCGCACAAAGGGCGAAGCAGGGACGGGCGACGUCAUCGAAGCCGUGCGCCACAUGCGCACCGUGACGGCCGAGAUCAAGCGCGCGCAGGCCAUGGACGAGAUGGAGCUGCGCGUCUACGCAAAGGAGCUGCAGGUCGACUACGCGCUGCUCAAGGAGACGGCGAAGCUGGGCAGGCUGCCCGUCGUCAACUUCGCCGCUGGUGGUGUCGCGACGCCGGCUGAUGCUGCGCUGAUGAUGCAGUUGGGCUGCGACGGUGUCUUUGUCGGAUCGGGCAUCUUCAAGUCGGGCGACGCGGCCAAGCGCGCCAAAGCUAUUGUGCAGGCCGUCACGCACUACAAGGAUCCCAAGGUGCUGAUGGAGGUCAGCAUGGACCUGGGCGAGGCCAUGGUCGGCAUCAACUGCGGCACCAUGGGCGAGGACGAGAAGCUGGCUAAGCGUGGCUGGUAA